AUGCGCUGGGAACCCUGCAUCUCCCUGCGUCCCCUGUCGUUGCAGUUGAAGGGCCUGUUGCGCCAGAAGUGCCCUGAAGAAGUCAAGCAGAUGCUGCACAUCAUCGGCCUGGAGGACAAGUGGAACUCACGGAGCCGCUUCCUGAGCGGGGGCAUGAGGCGCAAGCUCUCCAUCGGCAUCGCCCUCAUCGCAGGCUCCAAGGUGCUGAUACUGGACGAGCCCACCUCGGGCAUGGACGCCAUCUCCAGGAGGGCCAUCUGGGACCUUCUGCAGCGGCAGAAAAGUGACCGCACCAUCGUGCUGACCACCCACUUCAUGGACGAGGCUGACCUGCUGGGAGACUGCGUCGCCACCAUGGCCAAGGGGGAGCUGCAGUGCUGCGAGUCCUCACAGUUCCUCAAGCAGAAAUAUGGUGAGUGGUGGGGCCAGCCCGCAACGGGGUCGGUGUCCUGGCUGCUGUGCUGA